UCCAAUAUAAGUUAUUGCAGUCACUCUCCAAUAUUCAAUGACCCUUUGAAAUAUUAUAAUUUUUUGAAAUUACCUAACUUAGUAACCAUGCCUGUCAACACCACCCCAUUACUUGAUAACAAUAAUGGAAACCAUGGUAUCAUUAAUGCUGAGAGUGAUGAUGAAAGGCCAUUUAAUUUGGUUAAAAAAUUUGGAUUUGAAUCAAAGAAGUUAUGGAAGUUAGCGGGGCCAGCAAUAAUCACAGCCUUGGCUCAGUUUUCACUUGGUGCACUCACUCAAACAUUUGCUGGUUUGACCAGUGAGCUUGAUCUUGCUGCUGUUUCUGUUGAAAACUCUGUUAUUGCUGGCUUGGCUUUUGGAGUCAUGUUGGGUAUGGGGAGUGCAUUGGAGACACUAUGUGGGCAAGCAUAUGGUGCUGGUCAGAUUAGAAUGUUAGGAGUUUACAUGCAAAGAUCAUGGAUCAUCUUGUUGACCACUGCCCUUAUUUUGGUACCUAUUUAUGUUUGGUCUUCUCCCAUCUUAAAGCUCAUUGGAGAGACUGAUGAAAUCUCAGAUGCUGCUGGAAAAUUUGCUUUGUGGAUGUUACCUCAAUUGUUUGCUUAUGCAUUGAACUUCCCAAUCCAAAAGUUCUUACAAUCACAGAGGAAAGUUGCAGUGAUGUUAUGGAUAUCAAUAAUAGUGUUGGUGCUACAUAUAUUUUUCAGUUGGCUCCUAAUAUUUAAGUUGGAUUGGGGCUUAACUGGAGCAGCUAUUACCCUUAAUUCAUCAUGGUGGCUAAUUGUCAUUUUGGAAUUAAUAUACAUUUUCGUCACAAAAUCUGAUGGUGCUUGGAGUGGAUUCACAUGGCUAGCAUUUGCGGAUUUGUAUGGUUUUGUCAAACUUUCUUUGGCUUCUGCUGUCAUGUUAUGCUUGGAGCUUUGGUACUUGAUGAUAUUGGUGGUGAUAACAGGGCGUCUGAAAAAUCCUCUAAUACCUGUUGAUGCCAUAUCUAUCUGUAUGAAUAUAAAUGGUUGGGAUGCCAUGAUUGCAAUUGGCUUCAAUGCUGCAAUAAGUGUGAGGGUAUCAAAUGAACUUGGAGGUGGUGAUUUCAAUGCAGCAAGAUUUGCAGUGUGGGUGGUUUCCAUAACCUCAGUUUCCAUAGGAGUUAUAAUUAUGAUUAUAGUACUCACAACAAGGGACUAUUUUCCAUACUUGUUCACAACAAGUGUUGCUGUUGCAAAAGAAACAACUAAGCUUGCUUCCUUAUUAGGUGUUACAGUGCUUCUAAACAGCCUUCAACCUGUCCUAUCCGGUGUUGCUGUUGGAGCUGGGUGGCAAGCUCUUGUAGCAUACAUCAACAUUGGAUGUUACUAUAUUGUUGGUUUACCAGCUGGGAUACUUUUGGGAUUCACAUUUGGUUUUGGAGCAGAGGGUAUUUGGUCAGGGAUGAUUGGAGGCAUAGCUUUGCAAACCAUAAUCCUUAUCAUCGUCACAUCAGUAACCAACUGGAGAAAAGAGGCUGAUGUAGCUGAAAGUCGCGUGAAGAAGUGGGGAGGAUCAAUUGCUUAUGAACAAUGAUUUUUGUUCACCCUUUGAAUUUUGCCAUUCAUGAUUAUUUGAUUAAAUUAAAAGCAUGAUGAAUUGUAAAACUA